AUGUCUUUUUCGACCAUUCUUCGCUUGGUACUUCUGUGCCUCCCUGUUGUUCUCUGGUAUAGUCGCCGCCAAAGGACACUUACUAUUCCUCCCGGUCCUCAAGGAGGUUUCUUCUCUGGUGUUGCGUCAGUAUUGUCCAAGACCGAACCAUGGCGACAAUAUGCAUCAUGGAGCAAGAGAUAUGGGGACGUUAUAUCCUUUCGCGUGUAUAAUCAACACAUCGUAGUUCUCAACACUUAUUCAGCCGUGCACGAUCUUCUCGACAAGCGCGCAGCAAUCUACUCUGACCGGCCCAAGUCAUGGAUGCUACACCAUCUAGUUGGUCGGGAAAAAACUGUGUUCAAUAUCGCCGCAUCCGACGCACGCCAUCGACGUUAUCGCAAAAUAUUGCAUAACGAACUGAACCAACGUGCGACAGAGCGAUAUGCUGAAAUUCUGGAAGACGAGACAACGCUCCUGAUACAGGGCCUUGAGCAGUCGCCGCAGGGACUGGAGGACCACGUACGACGGCAUGCUGGAAGUGUGAUCAUGAAGCUUGCGUUCGGGUAUUCCGUCGCAGAACACGAUGACUUUUUCGUCCAGGCAGCGGAGGAGUCGUCCAAGAUCUCUGGCUUCGCGCUUGCGCCUGGCAGAUGGCUAGUCGAGUCCUAUCCACUUCUGCGAUUCGUUCCGUUGUGGUUUCCUGGCGCUGGCUUUAAACGCCAGGCGGACGUGUGGCGUCGGAGACUCGACGUCCUCACUGAUGUACCACAUCAAUGGGUGAAAACACAGAUGGCUUCAGGAAACUUUAUCGAGUCUUUCACGUCCCGCCUGUUGCGAGACUCGGCCGGAUCUCCAGUCAGCAACGAGGAUGAGGACAUCGUGAAAUGGUGCGCCGCUGGGCUGUACGCCGGAGCUGCAGACACGACUGUUUCGGCCUUGCUUUCUUUCGUCAUGCUCAUGGCCCUGCACCCGAACGUCCAGAGACGUGCCCAGGAAGAGAUUGACAGCUCCGUAGGCCACGGCCAACCACCAACGCUCGCAGAUACUCGGCACCUUGAAUACCUCACUUGCGUCAUGAAGGAGGUAUUGCGGUUUGCUCCUGUAGGUCCACUGGGUAGUCUAAACUGCGUUGAUCCGUGUCAAUCAGCCUUAGCCCAUAAAGUGAGUCGAAACGACGAGUACAGGGGCUACUUGAUUCCGAAGGAUGCGACCGUGUUCGCGAACGUUUGGUCGAUCUUGCACGACGCACAGAUGUACCCAAAUCCGUUUGCCUUCGAUCCAGGACGAUUCUACCCCUCAGACGUCCCUGGAGAAGCAAAGACACAGCCCGACCCUCGUGAGCUGGCAUUUGGAUUUGGUCGUCGUGUUUGCCCUGGCUCUUUCUUCGCCGAGGCAUCUAUGCUGGUAGCUAUGGGAAACCUCUUGUUUCACUUCGACAUCGUCGCGAAGCGUGAUGGAGGGGCUCCUUCUGCGCAGGAAGUGGAAUUCACGACAGGAAUAACGAGCCAUAUCAAGUUGUUCGACGUCGAUUUUCUCCCGCGGGAGACACUCGGAUCCCGCGGAGAGUCCCGAAGCCAUCCGAGGUAA